CACGUGGAGUGUUGUUCCUCUCUCGCCUCACCAAUCUGAAAUGGCUCGUCGUUGAGUCGGUCCUUGCUUGGUCACUAUGGGAUGUGGAACCUCUGUUGCCGUGGAUACGCAAGUGCCGUCAGAUGAAGCAACUAAGGCUCCCAGCCCAGCUCUGAGUAAGCCGCUCUGCGUCCCUAAAGAUCAGGCUGUGACAGGCAUGAAGCGCUUAUGCAUCCCUGCACUUAUUGUCUUCCAGCUAUGAAGGCUGCUAUCUUGAUCCAGCGAUGGUACAGACGCUACAUAGCUCGUUUGGAGAUGAGACGGAGAUACACGUGGAACAUCUUCCAGUCCAUCGAAUAUGCUGGUGAACAAGACCAGUUGCAGCUCUCCAGCUUCUUCACAUUCAUGCUCGACAACUUCACCCAACUCAAUGGACAUGGACCAGACCUGAUCUCACAGCUCCUGGACCCUGUUGUCGAGCCCUGGUUAGACAAAGAGACAUACUACACCCUAGUUGUUGUUCCAGAGGGUUAUACCGGCCCCCGACUCUCCUUCCCUCUGUCUGUCGCUGACACCAGUGCACUGCUUCAUGCCUUCAAGGAGCACCAGACACUACAUGCCAGAUAUGUGCUGCAGCUUUUGCAUGAGACCAAGAAGCUCCUCAAGCAGAUGCCGAACAUCAUCCAUCUGUCAACGUCCUACACCAAGGAGAUCACAAUAUGUGGUGAUCUGCACGGACACCUUGACGACUUACUUCUGAUUUUUUAUAAAAACGGUCUCCCUUCUGCUGAGACGCCAUAUGUGUUUAAUGGAGACUUUGUGGACCGUGGCAAGCAGUCCAUAGAGGUGGUCAUUCUUCUCUUUGCCUACCUUCUGCUUUACCCCGACUAUAUGCACCUAAACAGGGGGAACCAUGAGGACCAUAUCAUGAACCUCAGAUAUGGGUUCAUGAAAGAGGUCAUGCAGAAGUACAAGACUUACGGUAAUGAGAUCCUCCAGCUCUUUCAGGACGUCUUCAGCCUCCUGCCCAUCGCCACAGUGAUCGACGGCAAAAUUUUGAUAGUUCAUGGAGGGAUAUCGAACCAAACUGAUCUGGACUUUCUCAGCUCCAUAGACAGAUACAGGGUGAAAUCUGCUCUGAGACUGCCUAGAUAUGGUCUGGAGCAACUGGAUAUGCGAAUGUGCUCCAGACAGACCAAGCGAUCGUCAGACGGCUCUCGUCCCAACAGCAGUCGCAGUAGGAACCAAAGAACCCCGGUCCUGAGAAAGAGGCCAUGCAGGCUAAGUCGACAAGACAGCACAGCAUCCUCUUCUUCUUCCUCCUCAUCCUCCUCUGCAUCCUCACUCUGCACCCUGCAAACCCCUUCCUGCCUCUCGCCUCGCCAGUGUCCGUCAACUCCCAAAUUUCCUUGUGAUAGUAUGAACAACCUGCAGGUUCCUUUUCUGGAUGUCUCUCCUUCAACACCGUCUCACCUGGAGCAGGAAUGGAAGCAAGUCAGAAGAAUUGUGGACAUCUUGUGGAGUGACCCUAAAGUCCAGGAAGGCUGCAGUCCAAACACCUUCAGAGGAGGGGGGUGCUACUUUGGGCCGGACGUCACACAGAGUUUGUUGCUGCGGCACGGACUCAAGCUGCUCAUCCGAUCGCACGAGUGCAAACAGGAGGGCUACGAGAUCUGCCACGGAGGACAGGUGAUAACAAUUUUCUCAGCCUCAAAUUAUUAUGAGGAGGGAAGUAAUCGAGGUGCCUACAUCAAACUGGGUCGAGAACUGGUUCCUCGCUUCUACCAGUAUCAAGUCAGUCGAUCGACUCGCAAGCUGACCCUGACACAGAGAGUUCGAGUGGCUGAAGGUUCCGCUCUCAGAGCGCUGAAGGAGAAGCUGUUUGCGCACCGCUCUGACCUCAUAGCUGAAUUCAAGCAGUGUGACCAGAACAACACUGGAUGUGUGUCAGUAAGUGAGUGGACGCAGGUGAUGGAGUCAGUCUUGAAGUUAGAGCUUCCCUGGAGGACACUUCGACCGCACUUAGCUCGCCUGGCAGGAGGUGGCGGUGUUGAGUACCAGUCGUGCUUUGAGGACAUGGGGCACGGGACGCCACUGGCUCAGGUCUCUGCAAAUUUGGCUGAAACGCUCUUCAAAUAUCGCACUGACAUAAAAAUCAUAUUCAACAUCAUUGACAGAGAUCACUCAGGUCUCAUUUCUGUGGAAGAGUUCCGUCAUACCUGGGGUCUCUUCUGCGCUCACCUGGGGGUCGACGUCGAUGAAAAAGCCAUUGAGGAUUUGGCUCGUAGCAUCGACUUUAAUAAGGAUGGAAGCAUCGACUUCACAGAGUUCUUGGAGGCUUUCAGAGUCGUGCACAAGCUGGACAACAAAGAGCAGCAGCUGGCCGAGUGA